AUGGUAGCGCCACCAUUCAACGAACGUCCUGAUUGGAUAUUUUUAUUAAUUCUAAACAACGGCAUCAACAUCAAAACGACUGCAGACGACAUUCUUAUUUUAUGCACUGGUUAUCGACCGUGUCUUGAAUUUUUCUCAGAAGAUAUUCUUAAACAAUUAUCUUAUUUACAUGAUGAUGUAUUUUGCCCAAUAAUUCUUCAUCGUAAUAUUUUUCAUCCGAACUUACCUAAUUUAGCAUUUAUUGGGAUGUACCGAGGACCGUUUUGGGCAAUUAUUGAAUUACAAUCGCGUUGGGUAGCUUCAGUAUUUGCAGGCCUCUUGCCGGUUCCUUUGGUCGUUAUACAAAACGCAGGUCUUGAUAUGGAACGUCGAAUACGUGAACAACAACCUCGACCUCAAUUUCCACAUAAUGAUUAUGUAGGUUCCAUUAAUGAUUUAGUUAAAGAAAUGACUAUGAACACAUCUUCAGAUAAGAAUGAUAUUGUGAUUCCAGCAAAAUAUCGAACUGAUGGACCUGAUGAAAAGAUUCUUGAUGAAGUGAAUGCUCUAUGUGAGCAAGCAAAUCAAGGUCGUUUUAUUGCUGGUGCUGUUUUUCGCGCACUCCAUCAAACUCAAUGGACAUUCGAAAGAACAUUGAAAGGUAAACCUUCUGAUGGUUCUGCUUCUGGUCAAGCUCAAUUCUACUUUUCUAAACAAAAAGAACUGCUUUAUAAAGAACAAGGAAACUUAAAUUUAUCAUCACAAACACCAUUGGAUGUAACACAAAAAUAUAUUUAUGCCUAUGAUGCAGAUAAUGAUCUUCUUAGUGUUUAUUUUGUUGAUAAUAACAAUGAACGUGGCUCACUAUUUCAUACGAUUUCUUUUCAAUCAAAACAUUCAUCGGACAAUGGAUGGGUUGCUAAUGGUCAACAUUUGUGUAGUCAAGAUCAUUAUUCGGCUUCCUAUUUAUUUGUCUUUAAUGGAAUAAAUUUAUCUCGAUUUGAAAUUGAAUAUAUUGUGGAAGGUCCAGCUAAAGAUUAUACAUCGAAAACUAUUUUCCAACCACUUAAAAGUAAUGAAAGUUUUUAG